UGGGCGGAUGGGGAGCCGCGCUCUUGGCGCGGCCGAUGAAUCGGGGGCUCGGCCGGCCGCGCCCGUAGCGCGGGGCUCUGACGGGCUGCUCCGCCCCGCUCCGCCCAUGGCCUCCGCGCUGGAGGACCCCGUCUUGAUCCGGCCUUUCCGCGGCCACAGGGCGGCGGUGACGGGCGUCGCCUUCAACGCGGACACAGCGGAGCUGGCUACCUGCUCUUUGGAUAGGUUUCUCAUGGUGUGGAACCUGAAGACAUACUCCACAGCUUACAGACUUGCAGGCCACACAGAAGCAUUGACCAGCGUAGAGUUUUCACCAAGUGAGCAGGUGUUGGCUUCAGCUUCUCAAGAUCACACUAUCAGGCUAUGGGCUCCGUGCAUCUAUGGAGAAUCAUCAGUUCUGAAAGGUCAUACGGCAUCUGUUCGGAGUGUGAGCUUCUCCCAAGAUGGCUACUCUGUAGUUUCAGCAUCCAAUGAUAAAUCAAUAAAAAUAUGGAGUGUUUGCUAUCAGCGCCUUUUGUUUACCCUAUUUGGACACACUCGUUGGGUUCGCUGUGCCAAAUUUUCACCAGAUGGAAGAAUAAUAGCAUCUUGUGGUGAGGAUAAAUCAGUUAACAUCUGGGAUGCAAGAAAUAAAAUUUGUAUUAAUACCUUCUCAGAUUGUGAAGGAUUUGAAAAUUUUGUGGCUUUCAACCCAAGUGGAACAUGUGUAGCUUCUGCAGGGUCCAAUCACACAGUGAAACUAUGGGAUAUUCGAAUGAAUAAGCUACUGCAGCAUUUAAAAGUUCACAGAGCAGGGGUUAAUUGUCUAUCAUUCCAUCCUUCUGGUAACUACCUCAUCACUGCUUCUACUGAUGGUACCCUUAAGAUUCUGGACCUCUUAGGAGAAAGACUUAUUUACACUCUUCAUGGACACAAGGGACCUGUACUUUGUGUGGCUUUUUCAAAAGGUGGUGAAAAAUUUGCCUCAGGUGGAACAGAUGCUCAGGUAUUACUAUGGAAAACCAACUUUGAUUCUCUGGAUUAUGCAGAAGUUCUCAAACACAAUUUUAGAAGAACACAUGUUCAUGAUCGUCCUCAUCUUCUUGAUAUGUUCUCGAGAUCAUCUCAUCUCUGUGAUGAAAACCUUCAGUCAAUUGAGGUCAACCCUGCCCUUGAUUUGCCUGAUACACAAACACCUGAUCCAGUUGUCAUAGAGAUUAGAACUUCUUCACCUAUCAGUACUCGCGGUGUUGGCCAACCUGAAGAGCAGUGUUCCCAGUGUUCCUCUGCUUCACCCUUGGCAAUGAGUUCAAAAAGGAAGGCAGAGAAUGAGAAUGGACCAGCUGAGCGUAUUGUGCACAGACACAGAGGCAUCACCUGCUCCGUGGACAAUGCUUUGGACCACAUUGUGGGGCAGCUCGAUACGUUAACUCUAACUAUUGCAAUCCUGGAACAACGUCUGGCUUGUACCGAAGAUAAAUUGAACGAAUGCAUAAAAGAUCAGCAAAAAGUGUUACUUAAGGGAAAACAGAAAAAAUAAAAUACAAAACUGAACUAUACUGAUGAUUAUGUUUCAUAAAAUCACAAGGAAUGUUUCUUCACUGGAUUUUGCUUUGAGCAGAAACAUCAAAUCAAUGUAAUAAAAACUGAAGAAAUUUAAARAAGACUUUCAAGGAUUGGUAGCUCUCAGCAGAUAUUCUGGUUAUAUAUUUAAUGAAGUGUAGCUCAAUCAAAACUAGUAUUUUUUAAAUCAUUUCCAUUGAACAUUCUAGGACUCUUAUUUSAAGCUAAUAAGAUCUUUGAUUAUAACUAAGCCACUAAUUAUGUAUUUUUGGAUGAAUAGCAGUUAUUAUGCAAGUUACCACUAUGCAGGUUUUUAAACUCAGGCUAGGAUUGUGAAAAUAAUGUCCUUUGUGCUAAGGCAACAUUAUUUAAAUUAAAGUAAAUUAAUUUACCUACAUUAAAUAAGAUGUAAUACCAAAAAUGCCAGAGAUGUUCUUUGUCCCAUACAUAUUCUCAAGUAUUUUACCAAAAAGUGGUGUGUUAUUCUAUAUCUUCUAAAUAUUUUAGUAAUAAUUGCAAGAAGAUGUAGUGUAWAAACUUUCAGUUACAAAUACAAAAAUUAAGUCACUUAAGUUUUGAAGCUAUAAUUGCAUCUAUGUAAAUUCAGUUCCAAGACUGAUGCAUUUGAGCACUUCUGCUUACCCUAUCAAAAUUAAUUUUUCRUAUUUAAAAAAAUAAAAAUUAACUUUAUACUUCUGAAGAACAUAUUUGAACCAAACACAAAAUGAUGCAAAAUCGAGGUCAUAAACACAAAAGAUUCUUAUCCUGUGAGAAUGUCCACGUGUGCUCAAGCUUUGCAUGCUAUGAAUGUACCCCAUCAGGUAUUGUGAAUGCAGACAUAAGUCAGGAAAGACUUUGCAAUGUAUGAUAAGUUUAGUUUUAUUUUUAAUAAAAUGCAAUUCUUAGAUGAUUUUAGCUAUUUUUYAAAAAUUAUUAAAUUAUUUUUCCAUUAAUUUUUAAUGUAAAAGAUCUAUUUUCUUUAUGUCUAUUAUUUUUUAGAUGGCAAUGGCAGGACACCUGUUGUAAAUCCCCAGUCAAAACAAGGUAAUCAUCCAUUUCCGUAACUUUACAUGUGUGUUACAAAAUAGGACACUUGAAAUGGGGGAGCAUUUUAAUCCAAUUCUGCAACUGACUGUAUAUAGAUAAAGCCCAUUUCCCAGGCUGAACCUCAUUAACAUCAAUAGAGUUCAGCUUAAGUAUAGAAGCUCACUGUGCAAAUACGAUUGCAGUUCAAGCCACAGAAAUGUGCAGUCAAUUUUUCUUGUUUAACUUCUCAUUUUCUCUCUCAGCAACCACCUUCAUUCAGAUAGCCAGACAUCACCUCACUUCCUUGGUUAACUCUGAUUUUUACCAGUAGGURCUCCAUAUUUGCAGCUCAGUCUUAAGUGCUACUGUUUAUGGCAAAGAAGCAGUUUCUCAUAAAAUUUUUGGAUGCAACUAUUUCUAGGCAGCAUCCUAGCCACAUAUUUUUUGUCAAAGAAUGAUCUUACAUAUUCCAGCCUGACCUUUGACUAUGCAAUUGUUAUACUACUAUAUAACACAAAGUUAUCUAAAUGCUGUCUUUUAGAUCAAAUGUACUCUGCUUUAUGAAUUUGCAAAUACUCUUGUGGUCUUUGUCUUUUCUUCUUGUCUCCAUUUGAAGACACAAAACCAUGUAGCUAUUAAAACCUUUAUUUAUUUCUUGUUUUCUCUUAGUGGACUAUAUAUGUAUGUAUAUAUAGGUCUGAAAUCUGCCGAGUUUUCUUUUGAGUCUUUUCUGGAUUAUUUAUGAACAAGUUUCAGAUAUUUCUUUAACCUCUGUAUUUUUAAAUAAAAUCUCUGCUGAAAUUUUCCCUUCUGCCUUAGCUCCUGUCACUAAUCCUUCUUCCUUUUCAGUACCUAUUAUCUGAAGCACUUACUACUUAAUCCAGUUUAUUCCUCUGUUGUUGUGAAUCAGGUGAACCAACAUAACAUUUCCAAAUUAAAACAUGUUGUCAUUCUAUUGGUGGUCUGUUGAUGCUGAAAAUCAACAUGACACUUAGGAUGUCGGGUCAUGGUUGGCUGGAAACAGGGUGGGUGUGUUUUCUUCCCAAGCUGUGAUGGCUGCCCUAAAGCAUAUCCACAACCAAGCUAACAUGAUGUUUCUUUUAAAAAAACAUUGAUGUGGGUAAGUUAUCUUAUUCUUUUGAUCCAUACAGUUUCUAAUAACUUCUAAUAAAGUUAUGGAAUGGAAAAAUUUCCUUUAAAAGCACCUGUCAAGGCUAGUUAAACUCUCAGAAGCAUUUACUCUAGGGUUUUACUCUGCCAAAUGACUGGUGACUUGACUAAUUUGAAUUAUAAAACUAGAAGAAAAUGACUGGUGCCUUAGUUGUGCAUUUGCACCAUGUGAAAAAAUAAUUGCAUGAGUCUUUAAAUUAUGGAAAUUAGAUCUGUAUUGCAGAGUGUAGAGAAGUACUGAGAGCCCAGACUUGUUCUAAACAAGCUGAGCAAUGUACCUGAUGUGGUACAGCUUUCCUCAGGCUAAAUUAUCCCUCUGAUACUAAAUAUAAAUAGGCCACCCUCUUGGAGAAAGACUGCUUCCAGCAUUCAGGGCCUGCUACUGCAAAAAAGGCUCAAUUACAUAUUGAAAAGAAUGACACGUAGUAGAUCCCCAAGGUUUGUGUGUCGRGAGAGAGAAGGUGGCUGCAGGAAUAGUUGUUGCUGGGAGACUGUCUCUGGAGAAACCCAACUUCAAAUUCUUCAAGUGUCAAAGUGCUGUGCAGCAGCUCAGCAGCUCAUUGCAACAUACUUCAGCAGACAUUUCAAACCAAAAAUGCUCUUCCAAAUUGAAAGAAAUGCUACCAGUUGUUACUUCAGCAUKCACUUUUUGCUGUUAUUGACAUAUUUUUUUAUAAACUUAAGGUUUUGGAAAACCAGUUCUCGUAGGUGAGUGUAUCUGAACAAUACCCUUCCCUUUGGGGGAUUUUUUUCUUGCUUUUAUACAUGUAGGAUAAUAUUUAGUUUAUUCAUUAUCAUCUUUAUGUGGGAAAUCUAAACUGUAGUUUUUAGUUUUGAUUAUAYUAAUCUUCUGGCUGAAAAAUGGUGGUAGAAUAGAUUCUCAUUGUCAUUUUAGGAUGUCCUGAACACAUCCAUUUAGGAUGAGGGAUUUGAAAAAUGCAAUUUACCAUCUUUAUUURUAUUUACUUAAAUAAA